CGCCGGCAAUAACAUGGGAGAAGGUGCAGUCACUCACAGCCCGUGGGUCCACUGGGUGGCCACCGCGCCAUACCCGCCUACCCACACCUGCUACUCCGUGGCCGGAAAUGCCUGGACCACCGGCCGGAAGUACCUCACCGCGGAGACUCCCGGGAAUUGUAGUUCCGUACAGUCCAGGGGCGUCUCGGCUGUGUCUGGAGGUCUCUGAGAGCGGUCUGCGUAUUUCCGGACCCCAGACUGGACUCGUGGUGAUCAGCACCUCGGACCUGGCCAGUUCUGAGGCCCCCGUGGCAUCUGGGACUGGCAAUUCCCUCCGCCCGAGUUGUAGAGAGGGCACGUGUGGCAGAGCCAGGGCUGCAGAGCUGGCGGACGCUGGGAGGGGUGCUGUGCUCAGGGGGUCCGCCGAGCCUCGUUGGAGCCCCACACUCCGCAGGGGGCUUAGCGCGGUGCACCCAGUGACAGCUUCGGCCUCGGUCCCUGAACUUCGCUGGCGCGGCCCGACUUCCCGUGGCCGAGGAGGGACUGCUGAGGAAGGGCCCCCCCUCCUGUUCGACCCUCCCGUCACUCCUUUGGAUCCCACAUCGCAGCCAACGGGGUCGUUGUCAUUCAGAGAUGUGGCCGUGGGCUUCACCCGGAAGGAAUGGCAGCAGCUGGAGCCUGCACAGAGGAUGCUGUACCGGGACGUGAUGCUGGAGAACUACAGCCACCUUGUCUCCGUGGGGUGUCAAGUCACCAAACCAGCUGUGAUCUCCAGGUUGGAGCAAGGGCAAGAACCAUGGAUGGAGGAAGAAGAAAUCCUCAGAUGGAGCUUUCCAGAAGAAAUUCUGCAAGUUGACCACCAAGUAGAUAGACAACAGGAACACCAAGACAAACUUCGGCGGCACGUUCCAUUCUUAGACAAGCAAGAACUGACCAAGAAAGGGCACCACGAGUGUAACACAGUUGAAAAGACAGUCUGUAAGGACACAAACCUUGCUCCUUCAAAACAGCAGGUUCAUACAUGUGACUCAUGCGGAAUGAGUCUGCCGUGCAACGUAGACGUCAGUCCCAAUGCCUACCUUGCGAGAAGGCGAUUUGAAUGUGACGGACAGGGGAACUUGUUUCUCUACUCCAAGCUCGAAACCUUCCCUUCCGGAGUGCAGCCACGUGAGUGUGACCGCUGCCAGAAAGCGCUCCACCAGGACCAGGCCCUGAGUGCCCACUGGGGAGCUGGCGGUGCCGAGAGAGUCCACAGGUGCACUCAGUGUGGGAAAGGCUUCUCCUGCGAAUCGGAACUCAGUGCACACCUGGGGGCACAGGGACUAGGCUGCAGGGUUAGCCAGGGAGGUCACCCCAGAGAGAAACCUGGGGGGGACGGCCGCGGUGGGACAUCAUCAUCCCAGAAGAUGAGCCCAUCGGUGCCCGUCGCAGCUCUUGCUGGAGGGAAGCCCUACAAGUGCUCUGAGUGUGAGAAGACCUUCUCCCACAAGUCCCGCCUCAUCGAGCACCACCGGUCUCACACGGGGGAGAAGCCCUAUGGCUGCAAAGAGUGCGGGAAGUCUUUCUCGCGCAAGUCGUGCCUCAUCAUUCACUACCGCAUCCACACCGGGGAGAAGCCCUACGGCUGCGGCGAGUGUGGGAAAGCCUUCUUCCAGAAGUCACACCUCAUCCUGCACCAGAGGACUCACACAGGCGAGAAGCCCUACAAGUGCAGCGAGUGUGGGAAAGCCUUCUCGCAGAACUCCUGCCUCAUCAUACACAAGCGAACUCACAUGGGCAAGAAGCCCUAUGAGUGCUCUGAGUGUGGGAAGACCUUCUCCCAGAAGGCAAACCUCAUCCGCCACCACAGAAUCCAUACCCGGGAGAAGCUGUACGGGUGAAGGGAGAGCAAGGGCUUUGUCCCAAGUCACGGCACAUUGGCGAAUGUCACACCUCUGGAUGUUGUGAGUGUGGAAAACCCUUCAGGGGUUUUCAGGAAUUCCAGUGCCAUGGGCAUGCAGAGAUGUAUACCAAGGUGAAAUUCGACCAGUCUGGAGAAUUAGGAAGAGUCCAUCUCUUCAAACCAAUGACAGGAGGGUAAUGAUCCUCUGGAGCGAUCUAUUUUUAUAGGAUAUGCCUCAUUAUAAAGUCUAUCUAUCUGCAUUAACUGUGGCUAUGGAGCUUUGAAGUCUAUGAAUAAAUUAAGUCAUUAGGACAACAGAUCUCAUACACAUCAGAGCAAUCCCAGGGAGCACAAAGGGGUUAUGUUCCUGACAAUGCUGCCUAGAAAGAAUCAAAUUUAUUUUUAAACCCCGUUAGUCAUUGAACGUAAGUGUGAGCUUCUUAGGCAUACACACCGGAACCAACAGAACCACCUCUAUCAGGGUGUCCCACACGAAGUCUUACCCUUUUGUCUCUGUGAUGUGUGCUAUACCUAAACAGUAGGGGCUUCUUAUUAAACCAGGACUCUGGACGCCACACCAACAUCCCAUUCUGUUUUUUGUUUGCUUGCUGGAUCUGAAAGCCAGCAAUUUCAUGACCUCUCCUGAUGUUCUCUCCACCAACCAGUUCAUAAUUAGUUUCAUAUUAAAUGUGUUAGAACUCCCUUUUCUGGCAAAAUGGCAGACCACCUGAGGCGAAACCCAUUCCACCGUCAACGACCAGAAAUGAUGACCAGUAAUAGAUAACAUUCUUUUAAAUGCAUAAUUCCACUGGCAAGAAAACCAUCGGAGUUUCCAGAUGCCAGUGAGGUAAUCUGAACAGAGAGCCAGUGAUUCAGUUGGAGGGCGGAAGCUGUAGCUGCCCUGUGGGUUUAACUCGAUUUACCCUGAAGCUUGGGUGUUCGAGACCAAGGAAGAUGUGAGGCAAGGCCUUGGAGCGCACAAGGCAGCGAGUGGGUACUGAAGUAACUUACAAAUUCAUAAAUUUCAGAAGUCUGUAGGUACAGGGAAAGGGGGUGGACUAGCGAAAAAUCUCAUUUGCAGGGGAAGCUUGUCUGUGUUUCCUUUGGGCCCCGAUGAGGGAAGAUUUACCCCAAUGAUUCAUGAGCCCUGACCAGCAUUCCAUGUGAGUCAGAAUUUGGAAUUCACCCUAUUCCUGUCCCAGCUUUAAAACUAACCAGUCAAUACAGAAAUUUGCCUUGUCUUUGAAACAAAUGACAGAAGCAAAUAAAAUACAUUUUGGAGAGAGACACCCUCAAUCCAUGUUCGUCAGGCUUCCGACAUACAAACCCAACAUGACUUCAUAAUCCAAAACUACAAAACAUGAAUCCACAGCGAGUCAACAGACACUUGAACAA